CGCGGAGUCUGGCCGGUGCCGUGCCGCCACUGCCUUCCCGGGCGCGUCCCGAUCCUUCGGCGUCCUGGCGGCAGAGGCCUGGCUGCGGUCCCUGCCGUGGGCUGGCUGCGGGAAGCGCCGGGUCCAGUCGCAGUGCUGGGUGUGCGGCUACAGGGAGAGGGACAGCGCAGGCACGGGCACCGGCGGGGGCAGGCCGAGCCGGGAACACCGGGAGGUGUUUUCCAGGUGUAAGAGAUGUGGCUUUCAAGUUCGGGUGGUCCCAGUCGUGGUGUUUUUGUUGGAAACAAAAUGCAGUGUACUUUCUGGAGAAAAAGUGGAAGAAGCUGAACAACCCAGUGAUAUAGAAGAAGGAGGAUUAGAUCUCACUGUGUCACUCAAACCUGUCAGUUUCUACAUUGGGGACAAAAAGGAAAUGCUUCAACAAUGUUUCUGUGUCAUAGGGGAGAAGAAACUACAGAAGAUGCUGCCUGAUACUUUAAAGAGCUGUUCCAUGGACGAAAUCAAAAGACUUUGCAUGGAGCAGUUGGAGCUGUUAUCUGAAAAAAAACUGUUGAAGAUACUUGAAGGCAAGAUUGGAGCUGAUUCUGAUACUGACGAGGAGGCAGAUGGAGGAGACAAGACUGGAGGUGAUUCAGUCAGUCAACAGGAUAACAGUGUAGACUCAACUUCUUCUCUGAGAGAAGACAGCAAGCUGGAAGGUCAGGAAUCAAAACAAGGCAAGGGAGAAGAUAGUGAUGUCCUCAGCAUAAAUGCAGAUGCAUAUGAUAGUGAUAUAGAAGGCCCAUGCAAUGAAGAGGAUGGCCCAGAUGUGCAAGAGAGCGCUGUCAGAAGUGGAGCUGGUCAGAUAGAUGACCUUCAGAAGGACAUUGAGAAGAGUGUGAAUGAGAUACUGGGGCUGGCAGAGUCCAGCCCGAAGGAGCCCAAGGCAGCAACCUUAGCUGUUCCUCCAUCAGAAGAUGUUCAGCCGUCAGCACAACAGCUGGAGCUUCUGGAACUCGAGAUGAGAGCCAGAGCUAUUAAGGCUCUGAUGAAAGCUGGUGAUGUAAAAAAACAUCCCUGAGACUGUUCAGCUUUCAUUUUCACUAUUUGUUUUGAAGAAGGUGAUGUCUGUUUCUCUUCAGUGCUAUAGUAUGUUUGGGUUGGAUAUGACAUUCCUCAUUCAGACUGUGCUGUGUAUACUGACCCGUGGUCCAGUGGUUUUGUUGCCUUUAGUGUGCUGCUUCCAUGACAUGCACAGACAUGCUGAUGUUUCCCUGAGAUGGUGUCCUUGUGCUGUGUCACCUCCUUAAGGAGUCACAACACAUACAGAGCUGUGCCAGGAGCCUGGUCCUUCCAAAAAGAUUGUUGUAGAAACUUAGAAUCAUAGAAUGGUUGCAGUUGGAAGGGAUUUGAGACUGCUUAAUUUUUCUUGGGGCCCAUCUCAUCCUAAUGUAGAUAUUCUAAUUAAAAUGUGAUGAUUUGCUUAAAAGCAUACUCAUUUUUUAAAAUUUGAAUUCCUAAAAGGAACGAUUUUUAACUUAUAAAUAAACAGUUGAACAUGUUAUUUUCAGAGCUAUGAAAGUGCCUGAAAGAUACAGAACAGAGUUUACACUGCCAUGUAGUUUUGUCACUUUUCUCCACUCUUAUCUUUUGUAUUAUAAAUGAAGAAAGCAGAAUUUCUUCGUAACUGUAAAGCUUUUCUUUUGAAUAUUUGGUAUAAUAUUUAGCAAAUCAAACCAUUCAGAAGACCUUGAACUUUUAGCAUUCAACCGAUGAAUUGUUUCAUGUCCCCUGAAAGUAGAAAAAUCCACCUAAUUUCAGUAUGCUUUUUUAGAAAAGGCAUUUGAUUUAUGAGGUUUUAAAAUAUAAAUUCUAUUUUUAUCCACUUCAUGGCAUUCCUUUAUAAAUAAAUUGAAUUUUAGAAUUAAUUUUCAUGCUAUAAUAUGUUACAACAAUUAAAGUAAUUUUUUUAGAAUUAGUGCUGCUUUUAUAUCUGGCUGCUAAUCAAAGCAUGUUAAAAUACUUGUGUGUUUGUUUACACAUGCAGAUAUCAAUUUUUUUCUUUAAAGGUAUGAAGUUUACAAUUGUAGUCUUUGUUAAGUAAAGUAAUGUAUUAUGUAUUUUAAUUCAUUAAUUUUCCUUGGUUGUUACUUAGAAAGCUGGUUACAUUGCAACAGUAGCAGAGAUAAUUUGCCCUACUAUUGUGUAACAUUACUGCAAACUUUAGUCUGUUCAGAUAUUAUGUCUUGAAUUCUUUUAAGGUUUAUAGUUUUCUUUUUAUUCUUCCAUUUUAUCCCUUUUCUUCUCUUUAUUCCCUUUAUUUUUUCCUAUUUCCUUUUAAACCUGUUUCUGUAGCAAGCUUCUUCUAUAUUUCUUGAGUAUGAUUGAUUUCUUCAAGAAUCAACGUUAUUGUAAAAUGCUAGUGCAGUGUAAAUUUGAUAAUAAACUAAAACUUUCAUUAAAUACAGCUGAGAGAAUUACAGAGUGCAUCCACUAAGUGAUGUCAGUGACCUGGGUAAAGUGUACCUAACUCUGGUGUUAUCCACAGCCUCAACAUUUUUUCUAUUAUUUUGUAGCAAAUGGACGGUGUAAGUUAAAAUAUAUACACACAAUUCAAAAGCUAAAUUUACUGUCUCAAAAUCUGUGGGUGUUGUCUUUCGUUGAUUUAAUUUAGCUGUUUGGUCAGCUUGUGUUUUACUUGAGUUGAGAGAAACUAAAGAAGUAAUCGAGAAAGACAGAUGGCAAAACUUACAUGUGCUGAUAGGCUGGUGGAGCUAUGUUAGAUUUCAAAGUUACAUUUUAGUGCUGCUGUACUUAGAUCAUUAAGGCACCAAAUACCUCACCUUGCCUGCUGUGGUGGAAGUGAAAAGCUUGCUUGCAGGGGCAUUUCCUGUGUCACCAGGAGAAGCCACAUGUAUAAGGUUUAUUCGGUGAAGUUGCAAAACAACACACUUCAGUUGUUUGGCAACACAAAAACACUGCUAGAAGUAAUGAUAAACUAGAAUGUAAUUGCCUUCUACUGACUACUUUCAGGAGGUGUAUGGUACUUAUUAUUUUCCUACUGGUUUCCCAGGUCAGCCUUAAAUUUUUUUUUUUAUAGCAUGUUGAACUGUUAAAGGUUAUUUCAAGCUCUAUAUAAAGUUGCAAGUGCUAAUUUUAGCAUGUAGUGUGACAGAGAUGAAACAGGUUUACUAUGCAUAUGACAGAGAAGAUUUGUAAUUACAGACUAAUUAAAUUCAAAAUUAAAAGAUGAGAAGUAUUCCAAGAAAAUUCAAUUAAGCUGUUUACAAAAAUAAAAUAAAAAAAAAAUCAUAUGAGAUACUUGCUGUGAUUGGUUACACAAGUGCUAAUUCAUUUUUAGGAUAUUGUACUGUUGCUGCUUAGUUUGAAAACAGAUCAGCUAAAUUACAUGUGUUCUUGCAUUGAUUUGUAUCACUGAAGAGAAAAAUAUUCAGUGUAUUUAAAAUAUUUAUUAUAUAGCUGUUUUGUUUUUCAUUUUUAAAUAUGUCUGUGAUUUUUCCUUGAAAAAUAAAUUUAUUAUUGCAUUUGGAAGAAGA